AGAACGUGGGUGGUCUGCGCGCGGUGCAAAUGAGUCCGGUGAGAGGAUACUCCAAAGAAGAUUAUAAAUGCCAAGCGCCAAGGGUAACGAGAGCUCUCGGCUACAUUCAAGAUUUGGAGGGAGGUACAAAAGAAGAAAAAAAAAGAAAAAAAAAGGGCUACGUGGGUGGGGGAAGGGAGGGGAGAGACCAAGCAGGCGUGCACAACGAACAGACCGCGGACGGGAGGAGGAGGGGGUAAAGAGCGGAAAGAAUGGGGGAGGAGGAGGGAUCGGUGCUGUCUAGGGGCGGGUAUAUGGUGGUGCUGGGGUCAGGACGAGAGAGGGUGCAGAAACGGGAUGCAGUUGGGGAAAGAAGGAAAGGCAGCUGGACUGGCGGACUGGCACUUUACUGCACAGGACACCCGGGAGCAACGCAGCUGUGUAGUUUGGACAAAGGAGGCGAAGGGGUGUUCCUUCAAUUGGAGGGCGCAAUUUGGACGAAAGCAGUAAGCAGUACAGCGAGGAAUAGGGCGAAGCCAAUUCUCGGUCGAGGAGGAACACCGCGGCGUGAAGACAAGCAAAGGCGGUGCGCAAAAGGGUGUAUGGGUGCUAGGCUGGGGAGGAGGAGAGGAGAAAGGAAGGCCAGAGGAGCGGAGGAGGCUUUGUUCUUCAAGGAGAGUAGGGAAGCAGCAGUAGCAGAACAAAAGAAGGAAGAAAGGGAAAUGGGAGAGAUGGGGCGAAUGGGGCGACCGGUCGCGGGGAAGGAGGAGAGUGGCGAAGAGUAGCUGGACCAAGAAGGCUGCCUCAAUUCAAUUGCUUCCAUUUUGAGUCGAGGGUGCAACCACACAAAGCCACUUCUGCGGAGGGGCAGAGGUCAUGUCUUUUUGCUAU